AUGGCGCAGGCAUCCUCGUCCAUUACACAUCUUCGAAUCCAACUGACGCCCUCAUCAAUCACAGCUGUCCCGAUUGGCAACAACGCAACGAUGGCAGACGCUGUAGAAGACGUCUCUUCCAAGGCGCAGCUCGACGAACUGCUGAAUAGCUCGCCCAUUGUCAUUGUCAAGUUCUACUCUAAUGAUGACGAAAGCUGCCGACAAAUCGAACCUUUGUACCAGGCCUUAGCCUCCCAAAUAGGUCGACCCAGACUUCUUGUCUUUGCCAAGGUCGACAAUGAUACAUGUCAAGACCUGGUGCAGGAAUAUGGAAUCACAGUGCUGCCCACGUUUAUCUUGUUCCGCAAGGGCAAGCUUAUGCACACCGUACAAGGCGCAAACUCAGCCGAGCUCAGGAAUGUCAUAGGAAAGAUAGUCUCAGAGCUGGAACAUCUGGUUGAGGGCAUGGGAGGCGAAGGUGGCCCUUCCGAGGCCUGGAAGGGUGCUGAGAUCCCCAAAGGCUACGGCGAUGUCACGGACCAGGUGGAACUCAGAGGCUGUGAGCUGCUUAACGCAGAUGAUAACGCGGGCCCUGUAAAGGUCCUCUUCGAGAGCUCAAAGCCGAGUGCCCUGGGCUUGGGUAAAUCCACCUCUACAGACUGGGUACAGAGCGGAUCCGACGACCAGCUCUUGCUCUUUAUCCCCUUCCAAUCAACAAUCAAACUCCACACAUUACAGAUCACUUCCGUGAUUCCCGAAGGCAGCACUGAUGUGUCAAGGCCCGUGACGAUUGGGAUUUUCAUCAACAGGACGAGCAACAUGGAUUUUGGAGAGGCAGAGGACGCUGAGCCCACACAAUCCAUUACACUAGAGCCUGAGCAUUGGAACUCAGAAUCCACGGCAAGCAUCAGCCUACGAUUCGUCAAGUUCCAGAAGACAAACACCCUCACCAUCUUUGUUCAGCAAGGAGACGGCGAAGCGGAUGCUGUGCGCAUUGACCGCAUCAAGCUCAUCGGAGAGGCUGGCACAAAGAGAGACAUGGGCAAGCUGCAAAAACUCGACGACGAUGAGUAG